AUGGCCUUCUUCGCGCGCUCGCCCAAGAAGAAACCGAGCCCGAAAAAAUACGCCAAGGACUGGAAGGCCGAGUCGGAUGCGGAGACGGACGCCGCGGCGCGCCUCAACAAGAUCAUGGCCAAGCUCGAGGGCAUCACGCCCGAGCGCGACGAGAAGAGCCUCGAGGCGGCCUACGCGCUGACGCAGGCCGUCGCCGACGUGUCGCUCGGCGACGUCUGGAGCGAGAUCCGCCGCGCCUGCGCGCGCGGCGUCGCGCGCGUGCCGCUCGACGGCCCGCGGCGCGCGCGGCUCGCGGCCGUCUUCUCGGGCCAGCUCCGCGUCACGACGGACUGGCGGCGCGCCGACGGGCUGUGCACGGCUCUCAAGGGCCUGGCGACGCACGAGCCGUCGCCGCCCUGCGCGGCGCUCCACGACGCGCUGCUGGCGGCCGCGGAGGCGGCCGUCGUGCCCGUCGCGCUCGCGCACGAGUCCGCGCCCGUCCGCGAGGCCGCGAGCCGCGCGCUCGACGCCGUCGCGGAGCGCGCGGCGAGCGCCGAGGCGGCGGAGCGGCUCCUGGGCGCCGUCGGCGCCGCGCUGACCGCGGCGCUCGAGGCGCAGGCGGCCGAGGGCGGCGCGGACGGCAAGCGGCCGCCCGACGCGGCGGCGCCGACGCCGGACAGGGAGCGGCGCGCGGCGGCGCUCGCGGGCCUGCUCGGCGGCGCGGCGCGCCUCGUGCCGCGGGCGCGCGCCUCCGCGCUGGAAUCCGGCGGCCUCGUGGACGUGGGCCGGCUCGCGGGCCUGCUGGCGCACGACGCGUCGACGGUGCGCCAGGCCGCGUCCGUGUGCCUCCAGCGCGUCGGCGCGAAGAGCGAGGGCCUGGGCGACGUCGCGCUCGGCGCCAUCGACGUCGCGCGGCGGCCCGACGACUGGCGCUGGACCGAGGGCGCGCUCAUGGCCUACGACGGCGUGCUCUCGGACGAGGCGUCGGCGGCGACGGCGCGCCUCGGCGACGCCGCGGGCCCGUCGGCGGCGUUCCUGGAGCGGCUGCUGCGGGGCGCCUGGGACUGGCUGUUGGCGACGCUCGGCGAGGAGGGCUCCUUCGAGGUGCGGCGCGCCGCGCGGCAGCUCGCGUUCUCCGCGGCGCGCGCGGAUUUCGCGUUCGACGCGCUCGGCCCGCCCGGCGCGGGCGGCCUGGGCUUCCUCGUGGACCCGGCGGUGCCGCCGUCGCACCGGGCCCUAGGCGCGCGGCUCCUGGCCCACGGCGUGAGCUUCGGGCGCUUCUGCGACGAGGCGCUCGCGGACGCGGAGUGCACGCCUUUGUUCCGCAAGUGGGGCCUGAGCCACGAGGGCGCCGGCGGCGACUCCGAGGCCGUGAGCAAGGCGGAGGCGGCCGUGCGCGACGCCGCCCGGGCGCGGCCGGCGGCCCUGCGGCGCCGCGUGGGCGCGCUGCGGCUCGCCGUGCUCGGCGCGGUGCCGCGGCUCGCUUUUCCGCCGCCGGAGCCGGCGGCGGCGCGCGCCGCGGAGCACCUGCCCGAGUCCGCGGCGCCGCCGAAGGAGCCGCAGGAGGCGCGGCUCCUCGUCGUCCGGGGCCUCGCCUUCUGCGCGGCGGCCGCGCGCGACGCGCACGCGGGCCCCGCGCGCGAGGGCCGCUUCGGCGCGGCGCGCGACGCGGCCUUUGAGGGCGGUGACGCGGCGCUCCACGGCGCGGCGGACUGGCCGCUGCUGCGGCUGGCGCCCGCGGAGACGCGGCGCCUGGCGGAGCCGGCCCUCGCGGAGCUCGUCGCGGGCCGCGCGCUCGCCGCGGGCGCGGGCCGCGCGCUCACGGCGUGGGCGCCGCCGCUGCUGGCCUGGCUCGCGGCGGCGGCGGACGACCUGAGCCCGCGGAAGCGCAAGGCGGGCGUCGCGCGGGCCGUGGUCGCGGACGUGCCGCCGGGCGCGCCGGCGGCGGGCGAGCGCGGCGAGGCGGCGACGGCCCGCGGGCCCGGCGCCGGCGACGCCGACGCGGGCGACCCGCCCGACGACUGGGACGACUGGGACGACGACGACGACGCGCCGGACUGCGGCGGCGGCGACGAGGACGACGACGCCCUCGACGCCGAGCGCGCCCUCACCGCGGCCAUCGACGCCGAGGCCGCCAAGGACGGCCGCCGCCCGCCCUUCUACUCGUCCUUCGAGCCGGGCGCCGCGACGUCGGCCGGCAAGCCGCUCCUCCCGAGCCUCGCAUUUUUCUAA